UCCACGUGCUGCCUGGAACGGAAGUAGGUUUGUUUUGAUGCCGCCAGCAACCUGAACAACGUGUAGUUGCGUUUUUCCUGCUAUGUGCUCAACAAUUUUGCAGAAAGUACAAAAAAUGUUCAACGUGGAGGCUCACAUCGAUAGCUACUGCCCAGAGGAGGAGCAGAAAAGGACCAAACGGAAGAUGUCUCUCUCAAAUUGUGGAGUUUGUGGAUCAGAGGAAGCGAAGUAUAGAUGUCCUGCUUGCCUCACACACACCUGCAGCUUGCUGUGUGUGAAGAAACACAAGGACGACUCCAGGUGCAGUGGUGUUAGGAAUAAAACAGCUUUUGUGACUUUGUCACAUUUUGACGAAAUGACCCUUCUCAACGACUACAGGUUUCUAGAAGAUACUGGCAGAUUUGCUGACGGCGCCACCAGAGAUGAUCUCAUCCAGGCUCCACGUACAACUUUGAAAGGAAAGAAGUUGGCCUCCCAUGCUAGAAAGAUGAACAUCACCCUGAGGUUUCUCCCUGCCAGCUUCUCAAAGAGCAAAGAAAACUCCACCUGGUUUCUUACAAAGGAAAAGCGAUUCCUGUGGCAUCUGAAGCUCAUAUUUCCUCAGAGCAGCUCAGAGUUCAGUCAGAGGAGGGUGUCUGACAGCCAGACCUUGAUCCAGAUCUUGACUGCUUAUAUUCACCCCACAGAGUCUGAUCCUGUAACUCGUCAAAAAUUGAAGAUGUAUGUGCAUCAUCAAUUCAAACAUGUGAAAGUUUUCAUGAAAGCAGAGGGGAGAAAGGCUAACUCUGUGAGGUACCACGAGUUGGACGUUGAGAAAAGCCUCAGGGAUAACCUGAGUUAUAAAACAAUCAUUGAGUAUCCUGUACUGCAUGUUGUUCUCAGAGAUCACUGGAAGGACUACCCACUCAAAGGACCAGCUGAACCUGUGUCAGCCCGUACAAGUUCUGCAACAAGGUGUGUUUCAGGGCACCAGACAGAGGAAGAGGAAGAGGGGUCCCAAGAUCUACAACCAAUACAAGGGUGUUGUGCUACGCAGGAAGCAAACAUUCACACAAGAACCCAAGACAUAACUCCUGAAACAGAACCACCGCUGCAGAAAAAGGCCAAGAGGGGCACAGGGGAGGAAGAACAAGAGGAAGGAGAGAUUGUAGACAGCAGUGAUGAAGAGGAGGAAACUGGCAGCAGGGAUCAGUGUUUAAGCAACCACCUUCCUGAUAAUGCCUCAACUUGUAGAGAAAGUGCUGAAGUCACAGUGACUGAGGAGAAUCCUGCUAAUGAAACAGAGUGUGUUCUGACUCAUCACAUUCAGCUUGGAAAUGACUCAGCUGCAGCUUCGGACAGCUGUCAGAUGGAGUGAUGAUAGAGAGGAUGCAGUCAAACAUAGUGACGAAGCAGAUUUGGCAGGAAGUAACCAAAAUAUGCCUCUAUUCGGCUCAUUCAUACAGACUGUGUUAAGAAGAAAUAACAAAUACAUUAUUAGAUCCAGAACCAUGUGUUUUAAAAUGUUUUCUCAAAUAAAAUUGUUCUUUGAAGUAA